AUGGGUAAGCCGGGCUGGGAGCCGCAGCAGCAGCAGCAGCAGCAGGAGGAGGAGCCGGCCUUCGGCGAAGUGAACCAGCUGGGCGGGGUCUUCGUCAACGGGCGCCCCUUGCCCAACGCGAUCCGGCUGCGGAUAGUGGAGCUAGCCCAACUGGGCAUCCGGCCGUGCGACAUCAGCCGCCAGCUGCGCGUCUCCCACGGCUGCGUGAGCAAGAUCCUGGCGCGCUACAACGAGACGGGCUCCAUCUUGCCGGGGGCCAUCGGAGGCAGUAAGCCGCGGGUCACCACGCCGACGGUGGUGAAACACAUCCGGACCUACAAACAGCGCGACCCCGGCAUCUUUGCCUGGGAGAUCCGCGACCGGCUGCUGGCCGACGGCGUGUGCGACAAGUACAACGUGCCCUCCGUCAGCUCCAUCAGCCGUAUCCUGCGCAACAAGAUCGGGAACCUCUCGCAGCAGAGCCACUACGAGUCCUACAAGCAGCACCAAGUCGCCCCCCAGCCCGCCCUGCCCUACAACCACAUCUACUCCUACCCCAGCCCCAUCGCCACGGCGGGGGCCAAAGUGCCCACCCCGCCCGGCGUGCCCACCCUCCAUGGCGCCGUCCACAUGCCUCGGACCUGGCCCUCCUCCCACUCCGUCACCGACAUCUUAGGAAUCCGCUCCAUCACAGACCAAGUGAGCGACGGCUCGCCGUACCAUAGCCCCAAGAUCGAAGAGUGGAGCAGCCUGAGCCGGAGCAGCUUCGCGGCCACCGCCCAGCACGCCGCCGUGAACGGGCUGGACAAGAGCUCGCUGGAGCAAGAGGCCAAGUACAGCCAGGCACCAAGUGGUCUUCCAACAGUUGGCAGCUUUGUCUCAGCACCAACAAUGGCGCCUUAUCCAACACCAGCACAGGUGUCUCCUUACAUGGCAUACAGCGCUGCGCCUUCUGGUUAUGUAACUGGUCAUGGCUGGCAGCAUACUGGAGGCACCCCACUUUCGCCUCACAACUGUGAUAUCCCUGCAUCACUGGCUUUCAAGGGCAUGCAGACAGCAAGAGAAGGUAGUCACUCUGUCGCAGCCUCUGCACUCUGAUAUCAGAAAUAUGGCAGAACAAUUUACAUCCAGCCUCUUCUUGUCUCUCCACCCUAAUUCCUUCUCUCAGACUGACAUUGUGGUCUGGUGACGUUUUCUUCAUGCUAUUUUGCUUCAAAAAAAAUCAUAAGUGUAAAUAACCUAAGGAAGCGGUAGACAUGUUGUUGCCCCUUGCACUGUUUUGCAUAAAGAAGAUCUUACAACCCUCAGAGGGCUUGUUGUGUGACUCUUCAUUGGUAAAACCAUGUAUAUUUAUUCUAAAUCAACAAGACCAUCUCAAACGUGCAAUUGUUCAGAUUUGUGAAAAAUCAGUCUAGGAAAACUAGUAGCCAAAGAUAAGCCUCACCUGUUGUCAACAAUGUGACCAAACACAAGGGUU